UAUGGAUAAAUUUGAGUCUUUAAAAUUGUAGAUAGAGAAAAUCUUAGAUUCAGAUAAAACAGUAUUAAUUUUUAUUAGACAUGGAGAGACAGAAGCUAAUUUUACAAAAUAGUUGAGUGGUUGGCAUGAUGUCAAGUUGACAGAAUAAGGUUUAAAUUUAGAGUUUAUUUUAGGUUUAAAUGAAGGGAAAUAAUUAUCUAAAGCAUUUUAACCAUUAAGAGAUAGAUUUGCAGGAAUCUUCUGUUCAGAUUUAAGUAGAGCUAGACUUACUGCUGAAUUAGCUUUAGGAUCAUCAGAUAAAAUAUAAUAAAGUAUGGAGUUAAGAGAACUUAAUUUUGGGGAUCAUCAAAAUAAAGUAUAUUCUGCUGACAACAAAAGUAUCUAUGAGAUUUUGUUUACAUAAUAAUAUCAGGCACCAAAUGGAGAGAAUUGGAAUGAUGUAUAGAAUCGAAUAAUGAAGUAUUUGAGAUCUCAAAUUAAUAAAAAAGGAGUCUAUUUGAUUUUUACUCAUGGUGUAUGAAUUAUUAUUUAAUAUUUAAGGGAGCCAUCUUUUCUAUGACUCAUUAAUUUGGGUAUACAAACACCAUAAAGAAUUGUUCAUGCAUAGGUUUAGAAUUAGAUAUCAAUACUCUUGAAAUAAUGAAUUAAUUAUUUUAUUGGGAAUUUCCCACUUAGUGAA